GGGGAAAAAGGCGGACAGACACACACUUUAGAUAAGGACAAUUAGUCACUAGCGAGACCAAGUAGGAAGAGAAGUUUAAAUCAGAGGGAUUGAAUGAGGGUGCUCUGUGCCUUCCCUGAAGCCAUGCCCUCCAGCAACUCCCGCCCCCCCGCGUGCCUAGCCCCGGGGGCUCUCUACUUGGCUCUGUUGCUCCAUCUCUCCCUUUCCUCCCAAGCUGGAGACAGGAGACCCUUGCCUGUAGACAGAGCUACAGGUUUGAAGGAAAAGACCCUGAUUCUACUUGAUGUGAGCACCAAGAACCCAGUCAGGACAGUCAAUGAGAACUUCCUCUCUCUGCAGCUGGAUCCGUCCAUCAUUCAUGAUGGCUGGCUCGAUUUCCUAAGCUCCAAGCGCUUGGUGACCCUGGCCCGGGGACUUUCGCCCGCCUUUCUGCGCUUCGGGGGCAAAAGGACCGACUUCCUGCAGUUCCAGAACCUGAGGAACCCGGCGAAAAGCCGCGGGGGCCCGGGCCCGGAUUACUAUCUCAAAAACUAUGAGGAUGACAUUGUUCGAAGUGAUGUUGCCUUAGAUAAACAGAAAGGCUGCAAGAUUGCCCAGCACCCUGAUGUUAUGCUGGAGCUCCAAAGGGAGAAGGCAGCUCAGAUGCAUCUGGUUCUUCUAAAGGAGCAAUUCUCCAAUACUUACAGUAAUCUCAUAUUAACAGCCAGGUCUCUAGACAAACUUUAUAACUUUGCUGAUUGCUCUGGACUCCACCUGAUAUUUGCUCUAAAUGCACUGCGUCGUAAUCCCAAUAACUCCUGGAACAGUUCUAGUGCCCUGAGUCUGUUGAAGUACAGCGCCAGCAAAAAGUACAACAUUUCUUGGGAACUGGGUAAUGAGCCAAAUAACUAUCGGACCAUGCAUGGCCGGGCAGUAAAUGGCAGCCAGUUGGGAAAGGAUUACAUCCAGCUGAAGAGCCUGUUGCAGCCCAUCCGGAUUUAUUCCAGAGCCAGCUUAUAUGGCCCUAAUAUUGGGCGGCCGAGGAAGAAUGUCAUCGCCCUCCUAGAUGGAUUCAUGAAGGUGGCAGGAAGUACAGUAGAUGCAGUUACCUGGCAACAUUGCUACAUUGAUGGCCGGGUGGUCAAGGUGAUGGACUUCCUGAAAACUCGCCUGUUAGACACACUCUCUGACCAGAUUAGGAAGAUUCAGAAAGUGGUUAAUACAUACACUCCAGGAAAGAAGAUUUGGCUUGAAGGUGUGGUGACCACCUCAGCUGGAGGCACAAACAAUCUAUCAGAUUCCUAUGCUGCAGGAUUCUUAUGGUUGAACACUUUAGGAAUGCUGGCCAAUCAGGGCAUUGAUGUCGUGAUACGGCACUCAUUUUUUGACCAUGGAUACAAUCACCUCGUGGACCAGAAUUUUAACCCAUUACCAGACUACUGGCUGUCUCUCCUCUACAAGCGCCUGAUUGGCCCCAAAGUCUUGGCUGUGCAUGUGGCUGGGCUCCAGCGGAAGCCACGGCCUGGCCGAGUGAUCCGGGACAAACUGAGGAUUUAUGCUCACUGCACAAACCACCACAACCACAACUAUGUUCGUGGGUCCAUUACACUUUUUAUCAUCAACUUGCAUCGAUCAAGAAAGAAAAUCAAGCUGGCUGGGACUCUCAGAGACAAGCUCGUUCACCAGUACCUGCUGCAGCCCUAUGGGCAGGAGGGCCUAAAGUCCAAGUCAGUGCAACUGAAUGGCCAGCCCUUAGUGAUGGUGGACGACGGGACCCUCCCAGAAUUGAAGCCCCGCCCCCUUCGGGCCGGCCGGACAUUGGUCAUCCCUCCAGUCACCAUGGGCUUUUAUGUGGUCAAGAAUGUCAAUGCUUUGGCCUGCCGCUACCGAUAAGCUAUCCUAACACUCACGGCUACCAGUGGGCCCGCUGGGCCGCUUCCACUCCUCCACUCCAGUAGUAUCCUCUGUUUUCAGACAUCUUGGCAACCAGCCCCUGCUGCCCCAUCCUGCUGGAAUCAACACAGACUUGCUCUUCAAAGAGACUAAAUGUCAUAGCGUGAUCUUAGCCUAGGUAGGCCACAUUCAUCCCACAGGAAAACGUAGACAUCACCUGUACCUAUAUAAGGAUAAAGGCAUGUGUAUAGAGCAGAAUGUUUCCCUUCAUGUGCACUAUGAAAACAAGCUGACAGCACACUCCCAGGAGAAAUGUUUCCAGACAACUCCCCAUGAUCCUGUCACACAGCUUUUGAACCACAAACCCAAACCUUAGCCUGCUGCUGCUGCUGCCCUCAGAGAAAGAUGAGGAAGGAAAAAUCCUGGGUGGACCAGCAAAAACCCAUCCUCUCCCACCUCCUUCUUCUCUGCCUCUUUCUUGCUGCUGCCCUGAGUUUUUUGACACAUCUCUUUCCAUAGGGGAGCAAUGGGUGCAUCAGCCCUGGCCUGCUGGGAGGGCUGUUUAUGUGAUUUCUUGGCUGAUGCAUGAGCGUGUGCAUCUGGGUUCCUGACAGUGGCAUCCAUCAUGGGCAAUUCCUCUGGGAAGUGGGUGCUUCAAAAGUAAAAUUACAAUCACACCCCAGAUUUGGUAAGAAGGUUCUAUUGCUCUGUGAAUCCAGAUUCCCCCAGAGUUGUAAUGGGAGUCAAGUAACAAUAUUCAUUGAGUAGAGAGCAGCUUACUAGGCACAACAAAAAGCAAUCAUCAUUCUUCAUAUUGCUAUGAGGGAGAGAGUUUGAGUACAAAGAGAAAGCGUACUGAAACAUCAGGUACACAGAUGCACACACGCGUGCACACACACACACCCCCCACUGGACAAAGCAAAUUAGACCUCCCCAAAAUUAAGAGAAUAUUAGGGGCUCUGUAGGGUAAGCCCUUAAUUGUUUGAUUAACUCAAAUCAUUAUUUUAAAAAAAGAAGAAAAAGGUGUGAAUCAAAGGUCAUCACUGGAAGACACAACUGAAUCUAACCUUUUUGCCUCUUCCCAGGUAGCCUAUUUGAGCUAGAACAAAACUUUGUUAGCCAUUUUGGGAGAGAAUGGGGAAUCUAGAGGAUGAAGAUCUGGUCAAAACUAUGGAAUGGUAGGUAGGAGGCUUCUGAGUUGGGCCAGUGUGAAGUGGGGGAUGAGGACCUUCUAUAUGAUUCAAGGGGCAUGAGAGUCUUUGCCAAAGAGCUACAGCUGAAAUGACCUUCUUUUCUGUGGAUGUGCUUUUCUGUCUCAGGAUAAAUGACAGGAAUGAUGCUUUUGUUAGAAGGAGGAGAGAUUUGACACUGUUCCAAGUGAGACGGUGAUAGAAUUUCUGCUGUUUGUGAAAGGACAGGAAUGGGGGUGGGGGCAAGGCAGGGUUGCCGAGGGCAGAGGCUAGGGAGGCUGCCUAAGAUGCACACGGAGUUAAGGAUUUGGGCCAAGUCUGCAAAGUGAGAGAUGAAAGGGAAAUUAGACCAAAGAGGAGGGAGAGAAUUCUGAGCUUGGAGAACUGGGGAUUUGGGAGAGGGAAGCUGACUGUCUAAUUCCAGGAAGCGAGGGGACAUGCUUAUCACUAAGCACAGGAAGAACGGCAUACAGGAGAUGUACUACAGCGAGCAAGAAGGGGAGAGCCCGAGGACCAGGCUGCACCAGGUCAGUGGCUGUGCUCAGCACGGAAGCAACUGGAGAGACAGGGGCCGACCGUGAGACUGCCCUGCGAGGCUGCCCAGAAGGGGCCCCUUUCUCUGGGACCAGGCACCUCCCACUGAGGCUUCAGCUCUGAGAGGGCAGGAAAGUGAAGUGCUGAGACAGGGGGCAGGGCAGGGGAUAGAAAACAGGAGAAAGAAGAAACAGAUUGACAAGCCAAAGUGAGGGAAAGAGGAAAAUAGAAAUGAGACUAAAAGGUUGUUCCCCCCCAACUGUUAACAAUGUGUGCAGAUAUCAACAUCUCUUCUACAUACUGGUACAGGUGCAACUGCAGGGCCCCCUGAUAUAACAAGAGUAACCAGAGGUCCCUAAGGACCUGGCCUUGGGGACCUAUGGUUUGCUUUGCAUCCAUAGUAACCCCAUGAUAAAGGGGCUGCUAUUGUUAUCCCCAUUUUUCCUACCAGGCAUGGAGGGGAUCCAUGGCUUGCCCAGGGGCACCCAGGGGAAUGGGUUGCUGAGUGUGAAAUAAUCCAGAGCCUGCCCACUCAACCACAAGGCUCAGCGGCUCCGCGGGUCCAGACAGCUCCUUCAUAUCUGUGUAGGUCCUGCUCAUUCAGAACAGCCAGAACCCCACUCAGACACUUUCUGUAAAUAAGUGUUGAUUUUUUUUUUUUUACUAAACCUUGCAGAAUAUGGGUAAUUCCUGCUUCUUUUAUCUUUCUCUGUGUAUUAAAUGCUGCUCCCACGAGGUUUAAGUUUUGUUUAUUUUUUAGUUAAUAAAAGGAAGAGGGAAUUACUGAAAUUUA